GAAAAUCGGAAGCCUUGGGUUUGUGAGUUAUCCACUCUCUUCUCUCUGAGCAAUCAAAUCAAAGGAACAGUAAACUGGUCUUCAUUGGCUGAAAAGUAAAAGAGAAAACAGCCUUCAACCCCAUUUUAAAGCACAAAACUUGGACCAGAGAAGAAGGAGCUUUUGCACUUCAACGAUGACGAUGGAUCAUCGCCGGGAAUGUGAUGGCCAGCCAGCAUUUUGUGCUCCAAAUACAACUCCCCAUUUUUUCAAGAUCAUUCUAAACGGCACUUCUAGAGACACCAAACUGAGACUUCCAUACAAAUUUGUGAAGAAAUAUGGAGGAGAGCUAUCACAUUCAGUAUGUCUUAAAGUUCGGGGUGGUUCAAAAUGGGAAGUGGAUAUCACGAGACGGGAUUGUAAGGUUUGGUUUGAAAAGGGUUGGCCAGAGUUCUCUAAUUCUUGCUCCCUUGACCACGGCCACUUUCUGGUUUUCGGAUAUGAAGGGAAUUCUAAAUUCGAUGUUUGCAUAUUCGACACAACUGCCACAGAAAUUGACUAUCCGAUAACUGUUGAAGAUGAUGAUUCGUCUGGUGAAAUUUUGGAGGACUGUCCAAGGGGUUCAAGGAAUUCAGGGGAUAAAUCUCCACUCCCAGGUUCUCCUCCUUGCAAGAAAAACAGAAAAAGUUCAACUGGCAAACCAGAAAUCAACCCCAAGAUUCAAAUGGAUGAUGAUGAUGAUGAAAACGAUGAAAGUGAUGAGGGUAGUGAGGAGGGUGAGGAUGAAGAUAAUCAUGGUAUUCGAAAGGAAAUAGCUUUUAAGAGAGCUAAAGCUUAUAAACCCGCAGACCCUCAUUUUGUGGUUGCAAUCAAUCCCUCUUGUACCCGUGGAGGUUAUCUGCAUGUGCCAUCUUUGUUUAGCAAGACAUAUCUUGUUAAGCAGCCUACUCAAAUCAUGCUUCAAACGGUUUCAAACGAGGAACCUUGGUAUAUAGAUAUGCAUUAUCACAGAUCAUCAAGCAGAUUACGGACUGGUUGGCCUGGAUUUGUGAGAAGCAAUAAUUUAUUAGUGGGUGAUGCUUGUGUCUUUGUGUUGAAAGACAACAAUGAAUUUCUAUUUGAUGUUGUAUUUUACCGGGCUACAUAGAGGCUGCUAGUUUCACCUUGUCCCUUGCUGGUAAGUACUCUGUUAGUUUAUGAAUAUGUGCUCUGCGCCACUUGUUCCUGUGAUCUUUCCUUUUGGCUGCCGGGAGAAGACUAACCACCGAGGCAUUAAUUCAAGAUGAAAAAGUUAAACGAGAAGCUAGAUGGAUCAAUCUACUGAUGUGUUUGUAUUCUGCUUUUUAUUUGUUGUCUUAAUCACCUUUGAAAGGCAUUAAUCUAGCUAUGAUAUCUCUAAUGUUUUGAAUUCAAUGUCAUCUUGAGCAGUACAUUUACCAUCACAUUUGCUGUAUUUAAAGAGGACUGUCUCUAGAUAAGCCAUGCCCUGCAUGUACCAUCACAUAUACUGGAUGCUUUUAUUUCUUUGCUCCUUUCAUGUAAGUCCUGCCCUGCUUAUAUCUACUCUUUGAAAAGUUGGCUCAGCCUUACCUCUUCUGCACAAGAUUAAAUCAAAGCCAAAGAUCAUGAUGAGAAUCCCUGCAACUGCAAUAUAUGUCAGUCAUUAUAACAGGACAAAAGUUUUCAGAAUAAGAUAAAAUAUUUGAAUAGGGUUGUGAGAAAUGAAUUGUGAAAUUGCUUUAUGAUCGUUUCAAGGUGCUGUGUACUAACCUUGCCAUAUUUGGUCACAAACUUAUCACAAUGCAAUCUGCAUUGAUCUUUUAAAUUUAAAGCUAUGUACUAACCUGAUAAAUGUAAAGAAGAAACAAGAAAAAUAAUAGUAAAUGAACCACUACAAUAGUAGAGUAGCAUUUAACAACAUUUUUCUCACUCAGUCUCCUCUGGGCUCAGACAGCAUAAGUGCAAUAAGAGACCACCAGUUAGUACCCCAUUUGAGAAGAGCAAGGAGAAAGCAACAGGAUCUUGAUGGCACCAAGAAGAAAACUACCCUCUUUUUUCAAAAUUGUUCCGGCUGAUCAGUUCACUAACAAGUUGAAAAUCCCAAGAGAAUUUCUCCAGCAUUUCCAUGGAAACAUACCUCACCAGUGCCGUCUUCAAACGGCAGCCCGAACUUGGGCUGUCGAUUUGGAAGAGGUUAAUAACAAGUUCUAUUUCCAAAAGGGGUGGAAUGAAUUUGUGCAAGACAAUGGCUUAAAGUAUGGUGAACUUCUAGUCUUCCAUUAUGCUGGAAACUCAGACUUCCAUGUGGAUAUCUUUGGAAAAAAUACCUGUGGAAAGCUGUUUGUAAUGCCUGAGAUAGAAGAAGCUAAUGAAGAAGAUGAUGAUGUAUCUCUUCAAAUCUCAGACGACUCUCCAGUGUCAAGUCCUCCACCUCAAAAGAAAUACAAAACAAGUUCGAGUGCUAAAGGACAGAUGAAAAACAAAGAGGCACAUUGGUCCAAAUCAAAAAUGAAAAAGAAAGAUAGAGUAGGCACCUCUAGCACACAAAGAUUCACAAGACAAAAACUUGAGCCACGGUGGAGAGCUCAUGUGAGAGCUGAAGCAUUCAAAUUCAAAAACCCUUCUGCUUUCUUGGUUUCCAUGAAGCCCUCCUACAUCAAGUAUAAAUUUGUGUGGUUGCCAUCAGAGUUCACCAUGCUAGUGAAACCUCUUAUUGAGAACUCUGGUUAUGUUACCCUUCGGGUUUCAGAUGGGAGAGUGAAAACUUGGCAGGCUAAAUUGACUUGUAAUGACGUUACUACCAACAGAAGCAAAUUACAUGGUAGUUGGUCUAAAUUUAUGCGAGACAAUAAUUUGAAAGAGGGUGAUCUGUGUGCAUUUAUGUUGAUUAAAGACACUACAAUUUUAAUCGAAGUUGUCAUUUUCCGGACCAAAGAAGCAGCAACUUGCACCUUCUCCCCAGACAUGUCUGAUAAUGAGGAUCAUGAGAAGGAUGAUGAAGAAGAUGAUGAUCAUGAUUAUAAUGAGGAGGGUGAUGACGAAAAUGAAGAUGAAGACGAGGAGGAGGAGGAGGAGGAAGAUGAUGAUGAUUCUCGUGAAACCGUCGACUAUGUUUCUAGUGAUUCUAGUUAGAUUCAUGAUCGAUCAGUGACCAAAUACUUCAGGUGUGGUCCCCUGGUGAUAUGAUUGUUUGGUCCCGAUCAUGAAUCUAUGGUGCAUUUACUAAUUAGCAGCUAAAAAUCUUCAAGAGAAGGAUGUGUUUGCUGUAACUUGGAGCAUACUAUUAUUAUUAUUGAUUCCAGUAAUGUUCUUUUGAACAAGCAUUAGAGCUUUUUCUUUGUUUUAUUCAGUCUGGUGCUGACAUGAAGUUCUACAUGAGCACAUUUUUAAUUUCUUUUACUUUAAGAAUUAUUGGUUAAAGAUAACAGUACGUUAUG